AAGAUAUCCAGUGCGGAUAAACCAUUAGUGUGGAAGAACGAAGGGACACACGCAUCGUGCUCAGUUUCCUUGAAAACGUCGAUGAUGGAUGACGAACAGCUGAAAAUGCUCAGGAGAGCCUUCUCCAUGUUCGAUUCAACGAAGUCUGGUCGGAUCGAGAAGGAAAAAGUAAGAACAAUCCUCAACACCCUAGGGCACACUUUCGACGAUCACGAGCUCGAGGUGUUACUCAAACAAGAAGACGAAGAAGGCAGCGGAAAAUUAGAUUUCGACUCCUUCUAUCGGGUGGCCUGCCACUUCCAAGAGGAGGACGACGAGGCCCUGCAGAAGGAGUUAAAAGAGGCUUUCAGGCUUUACGACAAGGAGGGUAACGGUUACAUUCCAACGAGCUCUCUCAGGGAGAUCCUCGCAGCUCUGGAUGAUCAGAUAACACCCGAUCAAAUGGACGGCAUGAUCGCUGAAAUAGAUACCGACGGCUCUGGCACAGUUGACUUUGAUGAAUUCAUGGAGAUGAUGACCGGCGAUUAAGCUCCAGCAGAAAAUUCACCAUCUCACGUGAAAAGAACGCCUGCAUUUUCUUCCUACGAUACUCUCAUUAAUCGUGGACGAGGAGCUCUCUCUCUCUCUCUCUCUUGAAAUUGAAAUUCCACGGGAGAAAGUCGGGUACACAUUAUUCAUUUCGGUCAAAAACGAGCAAGGGAUCAACGAGGCUUCAUCGAACAUCAUUUUUUCCCUGCGCGUUUGUUCGCUCACAGUGUACCGAAAUCAUUAAGUAUCCGAUUAAACGUUGCCUUUACCGACCA